AUGGGCUCAGUUGUAAUCCCCAUUCCAGAUGGAGAUCAUCAGGAAUUUACUGAUCUCAGAAAGGAAAAGAGAUUCCAAGUUUCUCUAAGUCCUGUCAUUUCUUUUGUCCAGAAAAAUAAGGACAUCAUAAGAAAAAUCAUUCACUGUAUCAAAGUUGGAAUUGCUCUGGUAUUGGUUUCUCUUGUCUACUUCGUCGACUCUCUCUACAAGGAAGUUGGAGACGAUAAUGCCAUGUGGGCUAUAAUGACUGUUGUGGUUAUCUUUGAGUUCCAUGCAGGGGCUACGCUUAGCAAGGGUUUCAAUCGUGGAAUUGGGACUGUUUUAGGAGGCGGAUUGGGAUGUUUAGCAGUAAUUUUAGGUCAAAAAGUUGGUGGAAUCGGCAACCCUUUUAUCGUUGGAGUUUCUCUCUUUAUUCUUGGUGGGGCAGCAACUUAUGCUAGACUGAUUCCAAAGAUUAAGAAGAGACAUGACUAUGGAGCAAUGAUUUUCAUCCUCACAUUCAAUCUGGUUUCGGUAUCCGGUUUACGUGAAGACAAUGUCAUGGAAAUAGCCCGUGAACGUCUCACGAUGAUUGUUUUGGGCUUCGCCAUCUGCAUUUGCACCAACUUUUUAGUGUUUCCCAUAUGGGCUAGCGAUGAGCUUCAUAAUUCUAUGGUCUCCAAAUUUGAAUGCCUUGCAAGCUCCAUCGAAGGAUGCAUAGAGGAGUAUUUCAGAUUAGUCAGUGAAAAGGAGAACCAGUCAGUUCAGACGGUUGCUAGUAAUUUCAGGAAUUGCACAUCAGUGCUAAACUCGAAGGCAAAGGAUGAAUCUUUGGUAAAUUUUGCAAAAUGGGAGCCGUGGCAUGGCAAAUUUGGGCUAUCCCACCCUUGGGAGAAGUACCAAAAGAUUGGAGAGAUUCUGAGAGAAUUGGCUGGGACCAUACUUUCACUUAAGGGUUCUCUUAAUUCUCACAAAGAGCCCUUGCAAGCUUUGAGAGAGUCAAUCAAAGAACCUUGUGAAGCAGCUGGAUCAUCACUUGCAUCGACUCUGAGAGAGCUUGGAGAGAGCAUCAUGAAAAUGAGAAGGUGCCAGCCAGAGCCUUGCAUAGUGCCCAAGUUAAAAUUAGCGAGACAAGAGCUUAGUCAGGUCAUAUCUCCUCUCAAACUAGGGAAAAUUGAUAGUGCUGAGGGACUUGCAGUAGCAUGCUUUGUGUUCACACUAAUGGAGGUGGUUGAGAAGCUGAAAGAUUUAGCCAAGGAGGUGGAAGAGCUUGGAGAACUUGCCGGUUUCCAUCAAAGCUAA